AUGGAUGGAGAAAGUGAGUCGUCGAGAAUCGAUUCUAUAGUUUCAGCUGUUCCGAGUGCGUGGAAGGAUGAUGUGCCACAGAAAUUGGUCGAUACGUUUUGGAAGUCCUUUAAUUCAAAGUACCCGGGAAGGGUAUUGAAGGCUUUGUCGUACCGACCGGGCAAGACUGCUUCACAGCCUGUUUCGAAUAUUGCCCACGGCGAAGCUGCCCUUGAUUCUUACGAUCGUGCCAAACGCGAAUGCGAACACGCAGUGGACCGUAUUGUGAAACAGUGUUUGCGCAUUAACCAGAAGUAUACGGACCCUCAUUUCGACAUUGAAAGGGAUCUCAAGUCUGGUCAGCGAAAUUUCCUUGAUGGACUCCAGGGUGUGAAUUCGGAGAUGAAGCCGAAAGGUGUGAAGCGGGUUACGGACAUUUUCGAGAAACCAGAGUUCUACGUAAAUAAUGCUACUGCGAGUGAUGUUCGUCAGGGAAAUGAUGGUGACUGCUGGCUUAUGGCUGCGAUAUGCACUCUGGGGAAUAUGCCAGGCCUAAUCGAUAGAGUCUGCGUUGCUCGGAAUGAGAAAGUUGGCGUAUACGGGUUUGUCUUUUACAGAGGCAUGUUGUACCCGUACCGGUUUUCUGUGUGGACAUAUAUACUUUUUAUUUUGCAUGGCGAGUGGCGACAUACAAUCAUUGACGAUAAGCUCUACCUCCGAGCCCCGGAUUAUGAAGAUGCGGCAUGGGAAAGGGAAGUCUGGGAUGAUAUUGGUCGCGCUGACACGGAGCUGAACUAUCGAAAGACCUGGCAAACUGGUUCAAGAGCAUUGUAUUUUGCUCAAUGCAGCGACGAUAACGAGACGUGGUUGCCAUUGCUGGAAAAGGCCUACGCAAAAGCGCAUGGUGAUUAUUCAAGUAUCGAAGGCGGGUUUGUUGGAGAAGCGGUUGAAGACCUUACCGGAGGCGUCACUUCUGAAAUUAUGGCUCGGGAUAUCCUUGACAAAGAAAGAUUUUGGAACGAGGAUCUCAUGAACGUUAACAAGAAAUUCGUCUUCGGAUGUGCCACUGGUCUGUAUGGUAGUUGGUUGUACCCUCAAUACUAUGGCUCUAAGGAGAGGUCUGGUAUACAUGAAUGUCACGCAUAUUCGGUCAUGGAUGCGAAGGAAAUCAUGGGGCGAAGACUGUUGCGUCUUAGAAAUCCUUGGGGUCAUAAGGAAUGGUCAGGGCCCUGGAGCGAUGGCUCUGAACAAUGGACACCUGAAUGGAUGAAUAUUUUGCAACAUAAAUUUGGAAAUGACGGAAUAUUCUGGAUUUCUUACGAAGACUUUCUUCUUAAAUAUGAACAUAUCGAUCGGACUCGUCUUUUUGGAGACGGUUGGACGGUAGCGCAGAAGUGGACCAGCCUCCAUGUGCCCUGGGCACUCGAAUAUCACAAAACAAAAUUCGUAAUCAAAGUAGCUAAGGAGGGUCCAGUAGUAAUUGUGUUAUCGCAGCUUGACGAACGUUAUUUCAAGGGACUGGAAGGCCAGUACAAAUUCCAUCUGCAAUUCCGUCUUGAGAAAGAAGGCGAAGAGGACUAUGUCAUCCGCAAUCAAAAUAACAUUUACAUGACCCGCUCUGUUAGCACCGAUAUCACUUUGGAGCCCGGAACAUACACUGUUUUCGUACGAGUAAAAGCUACGCAAUUUAGCAAUCCUCCACCAGAAGAUGUUAUUAGAGAAAAAGCUAGCAAACAACGCGAGAAGCUCGUUCAAAUCGGACACUCGUACGAUUUAGCUCAUGCGAAGGGAGUAGAACUGGAGUCUGAGGAAGAGGAAGCGGAAAGGAAGAAAAGAGAGAAAGAGAAGAAGGCGGCGUUAAAGAAACAGGAGAGGGGUCGUGCGGAAGCUCAGUUGAGAAAAGGAUGGAAAAGAGACAAAAAAAUUGCAGCCAGAGAAAACAGGAAGGCAAAAAGAGCUGCGCGGGCAACGGAGCAGAGGGCAGCCAAGCUACAAGCUAAAAACGACAAGGAGCUGAAAGAGGGUGGGAACAAAGUAGGACAAGUGGUGGAAGGUGAUGCGGAACGUACUGAUGGGAGCAAUCGGGAGGGAGAUGAGGAGGCGACGGAAACUCCAAGGGCUGUAAAUCUGGAGAAUAAAAAUGAAGGCCUAACACCCCGAACGGGAGAUGCAAACGGAAAACUUGAAGGAAAAGCCACGGAAAACAAUGACAAAGAUAUGGAAUCCUCAGAGGUGCCAAACCAAGGAAAGGAAGUCAGAGCAGAGGAAGACAAUAAAAUGAAAGGCGAGGACCUGAAGCCAUCAACAGAGGAUGCGAAGGGGAAAGAAGUACAGAAGGGUGAGGACCCGGAGAGAGAAGAUGAGGGAAAUAUCGAAUCCCACCCAGAUUCAGAGAACGCAAAUGACAAGGAGAAAAGGGAAAUCGAGAUGUCCACUACCUCCAAGCUUACGAAAGGGACGGAAAACGAAAAGCAGAGGCAUGGACACCCCGGAAUGCCAGAAGAAAAUACUGAAUCUCUUCCUGAAUUAUCCCAAAAGUUGGAGACAGAUAGCGACACCGAUUCAGGAUCCGUUUUUGAAUUUGAUUCUGAAAUUGAUAUGUCACCGACCGAAGAAUCUGAAAGCGACAGUGAGGAACAUGAGAAAGACGACGAUGACAACAAUGACGGCGAGUACAGCGUUAAGCCGCCAUGGAAUGCUGUAUGUGUAGUGGGACUUCGCGUUUGUUCCAAGGAUCGCGACUUAACCAUUAGUAUCGUGAAGCCGAAACCAUGGCAAGAACAUAUCGAAGUACGGCGUGACUGCGACGAUCCUGCCGUGGAAUGA